AUGAUCAACAUUGGCACUUCCCCGUGGGAUCGCUCAUCGGCACUCAUUCAUGUCCACGCCGGCACUCACCCCGGCACCUCUCUUCAGACCCACCCCGGGACACUCACCCGGCACUCUCCUCGCGACCCACUCUGGUACUCUCCUCCUGACCCACCCCGGCAAUCACCCCGGCACUCUCCUCCUGACCCACCCCACCACUCACCCCGGCACUCUCCUCACGAUCCACCAUGGCACUCUCCUCCUGACCCAUCCCGGCACUCUCCUCAUGACCCACCCAGGCACUCUCCUCAUGACCCACCCUGGCACUCACCCCGGCACUCUCCUCAUGAUCCACCCUGGCACUCUCCUCAUGACCCACCCCGGCACUCUCCUUAUGCCCCACCCCGGCACUCGCUCCGGCACUCUCCUCAUGACCCACCCCGGCACUUACCCCGGCACUCUCCUCAAGACCCAUCUCAACAAUCUCCUCAUGACCCACAGCAAUUCUCACCACAAGACCCACUCAGGCACCCACCUCAAGACCCACCCAGGAACCCACCACUGGAUCAACGUCAGUUCUUCCUCUACAAACCACCCCGACGACCAUCUCACAACCCACCUCAUCUCUCACCGCUCGACCCACCUCGUCUCUCACCGCUCGACCCACCUCGUCUCUCACCGCUUGACCCACCUCGUCUCUCUCCACUCGACCCACCUCGUCUCUCUCCACUCGACCCACCUCGAGUUUCACCGCUGGACGUGGCACCCUGGCACUCCCCAGCAGACGACCCUGCUCUCCCUUCCAACCCCACCUCCAACCCCACCUCAUCAGACCCCACCUCCCGUACCACCUCACCAAACCCCAACACCAAGCACACUUCGCCAGACCCCGCCCCGCCAGACCCCGCCCCGCCAGACCCCGCCCAGCCAGACCCCACCACCUACAAGAGUGCCAAUUCAGCGUACUCAAAAUUUUCACGACGUGGCACUGACUUGUCUGUCACUCAGGUUAAAUUGCAAGAAACUUACAUCAAUGUGGUGGCACUAGAGGAGAGAGAAGAGGAGAAACAGCUGUCUGAGGCUUGGAAGAGAAAGAGGAGACGGUCUUUAGACCGGUCACUAGAUCGGUCUGUGCCAGAGUACCUUAAAUCUGCUCCCAUAAAGAGAAUCUCACAUCCUCUGGAGCAGAGUUUUCUUGUGUCUUUCUUGGUGUCUGUGACCUCUGUUGUGCUCACUUGCGUCAUCAGUGUGCCUCUCAGCCUGGCACUCUUACUGGCACUACCUGUGGGGUUGCUAGUGAAGGCCCUGGCGGCUCUGUGCAGGGUGCCCAGGACCAGGAGCUGCGUCACUGCAUGCCACAGUGACUAUGUGUCAGCACAUGAUGCACAGUUCUUGCUGGAGGAUGCUGGUCAAGAUUCAGUCAUUCACAGCAUCCUCAUCAUUGACGCAUCCAUCAACCUCAAACGAAUCAAACAGCUGCUAGCCACGCGGGUAGUGGACGCCAAAAACGGGUCGGGGAGUCUCAUGUACCCACGCCUCACCCAGACCAUCAUGCAGAUGCCUGCCGGACCUGCCUGGGUUCAAGACCACAACUUUAACCUGCACAAUCACGUGGUCUCUGGACCUAGCAUCAGCACUGAAGAGGGUCUUCAAAGGUACGUCAGUGCCCUGCUGUCGCAGCCACUUCCACUCGCACGUCCACUCUGGCAGAUGGUGGUGCUACACGACUAUGGUCGCAGCAGGGACACAGUGCUAGUGUGCCGCCUACACCAGUCUAUAUCUGAUGGCAUGUCCCUGGUCAGGGUCCUAUGCCACUCACUCUCAGACAAUCAGAUAAUGCACAUACCUCAGAAACCUCACUUCGGUGGCACUACGUAUGGCAUGAACCUUUUUAAGGCCCUCUUAGUGGGGCCCUUGACGGCCCUCAAGUGGCUCUGGUGGUGGGGGCCCGAGAUCAACCUCCUGACUGUGCGGCGCGGGACAACGGUGCCACCGGCAAGACAUCCCAAGAGCACCAAAUCUUGCUGUGGGUGCCACAGGGAGGUGGGAGUCAGUAGGUCGAGUGAGAGUGGGGCCUAUACGGUGUGGGGGGGUGGGGAGGGGAGAGGGGAGGGCCAGGUAGUGGUGUGGUCAGCAGCAGUGCCACUGAGCAGAGUGGCACGCAUCAAGCAGGUCACGCGCACCUGUCUCAACGAUGUCUUACUGGCAGCCUUAACUGGUGCCCUGAGACUGACCUUCCAGAGCCAAGGUGUCAGGCACCCUCCAGACCUCAAGGUGAAUGUGGCAGUGGACCUCAGGGGCAACACCCUGCCCUUCAACAUACCCAGAUUGGGCACCAAAGCAGCACUGGUGCCACUCUCACUCCCACUAAGCUGGGAUGGUGCCAUACCCAGGCUCUGGGAGGUCAGAGCCAGGGUCAGCCAAAUGAAG